CUACGUCAACAUAGCAUUCCUUUCUGGUGUUGUUUAUCAUCGUUGUUCUUUUUCUGCGGUUAAUUGAUCAUUAAUAAUUUGAAAUACAUUUGUCGAUUUUCGAAGAAUAAAUCAUCAUCGAAAAGGUUUUCCUACAUUUUUUGAAGAAAUUUUGUAACAUGAUCAAUCAUUAUUUCAUAUUGAGUCGAGAUAAUACGAAAAAAAAUACGAGACAGAUACGAAAAAGGGCGUGUAACAUUCACGAAGACAGUUCAAAGGUUUCCGAAGUGGAGGACACAUAAAAAGAAUACUUUUAUGUUUGCCUAAUUCUUUUAUCGAGACCGACGUGAGAAAGAAAAUAAGAAAAGAAAUAACGAGAGAAACGAAGAAAAUGAUGGACAAAGGAGAAACACCGAAGGGGAAAAUUCCCACACCUUUGAACAUUAGUGAGACGAUUGAAAACGAAGUUUUGAAUAAGAAAAUGGCGCAAAUACUCAAGAACGAUCUGCUAUUGCACGAGGCCGUGAUAAAGAAUGAAGCGGAGUCAGUCGCAAGGGUGCUAAAGGAAGAUGUCGACGUUGAUUCAAGAAAUAACUAUGGUCGUGCACCUAUUCAUUGGGCGGCUUCGAGAGGGAACACGGAGAUCAUCGAGAUGCUGAUUCAAGCAAAAUGUGACAUUGAAGCGAAAGAUAAGUACGGUAUGCGACCAUUGCAUAUGGCUGCAUGGUACGGACAUCAGGAUGCUGUGGAAGUUUUGAUCAAUGCUGGUGCUAAUGUUUCUGCAGUUAACAAGAAACAGUACACUUUACUAAUGUGUGGUGCUCGGGGCAACAAUGCCAAUGUCGUGCAAUAUCUUGCGGAAGCCGUGGAAUCGUUGAACGGAGAUGCAAUGGAUUACACUGGUGCAACUGCUCUACAUCAUGCAGCUGUCGCCGGCCAUCCUGGUGUAAUAUCGGCUAUAUGUAACAUUCCACGAAUAGAGUUGAAUGCAACGGAUAAGGGUAACUUGUGACGAGUUGAUGAUCGGCGACAUCACGGACCCAAAUGCUUCUGAGGACUUAUAAAGGUCCUCGUCUCUGGCUUACCUUAACCGACCGAUUAGAAUGGAGUACAUAUAUGCUCAAAGGGUGGAAGUGUUAAAAUCAUAAAGCUGGGAGUAACACUUAGUGAAACUGUAGCUCACCUUUAUAAUUCGUUCAACAAGAUGAAUCAGGAGACAUAAAUAAAACAAUCGCAUAUUUAGCGCAUGAUAAAUGCAUAGUGAAUUGUCAAUCGGCUGGUCAAUUGUUGAAUUCAAGAAUGUAUUCACAUAGGUCCCUUUUAAGACUUGCUUUAACUUCCCACCUGAGAAAUGUUAUAAUAUUUGAACGUUGUGAAUAUGCUCUUGACCUGAUCACAGCAUUUGUUUACAUCUCCUGACUCGUAUCAUUGAACGGACUGUACAUUUUUACCUGCUUACACCAAUAUUGCCUACCUGUAAAGCGGGCCUAUUUAGUGAGUAACGAAUUAGUGAGAAAAAAUCAUCAUCUGCCAAUUUAUUGCGGAUAUUCAAAUUCUGAAAAUGGCAGAUGUUCGCUGUGUCAAAUCAAUGAUAGAAAGACCAAUCUAUAUUAUAACACAACAAUAGUCCAGUAAUUUAUUGAAGUGGAACUAUUUAAACCGUGGUAGCGUAAAUUUACUUGGGUAGAACGAAAAAUGAACAGCUUUUCUUAAGAAGGAGGAGCCGAAAGUGGAGGGAGAAGAGAGGGAAGAUUUCUAUUCUCUCUAUCUCAUACAGAUCACGAGCUUGUGCGGUCAGUACUGGCCAUAUAUGUAUUGAAAGCUUUUGCAGUGUAGUGUGUUGACAAGUGUUCGUCGAAAAUUGUGAAAUUUUGUUAAUUUUAAUAUGACAACAAAUAUAUUUGUACUGUUUACAUUAAGGCAAAUGGUCUGAGUCAAACAACAGUGCCUUUAGAAAGACGAACAUUUAAUAUUCUAUUAAAUAAUAAUAAAACCAUUAUUGCCAAAGGGAAUUACUUGCCACUAGUAUCUGCCUUAGCCAUCACUAUUCACAAAUCUCAAGGAGAUACUUUCAGUUAAGUUAUUUAUGAAUACAGCAAAAUAUAAUCACGAUAAGUGGAGUAUGUAACUUUAUCAUGAAUUACAUACAUCAACGGGCUUUAUAUCGUUAUAGAAGAUGAUAAUCCAAGAUUUCAUCACAGUCGAAAAUCAAAUUCAGUGUCUUGUUUACAAGAUGUGUUUCAUAAGCUGAAUUUUAAUUGAUUACUGUCAUUAGACAGUUUUAAUCAGUUUUAUGAUGAACAAAAGAGGACUUUCACUUUGUUCGUUUAAUUGUCAAAGUCUACGGACUUAGUCUGUAGACAUGGACGAUGCAGUGAUGCAACGAUUUAAUUUUUUGCUAUUAUCAAAGACAUGGCUGAAGAAUGAAAUAAGCAUAGACAUUCACAAUAUUGGUUGUGUUGUACAAUUUAAACGUUUAAAUAUGAGAGUUGAAGUAGCGAUUUACAAGAUAUGACAAAUGACGUGACAAAUAUUAUGACCUAUAACAAGGAUUUGAAUUUAGAACAAAUCAAUUUAAUGGAUGCCCAUUCUACAGGGAUUAGUGAUAUUUGUGCAAUCCAAUGUUGAUUGGAAAAUAGAUAAACAAUUCUUAUGAUCGUCAUCUAUAUAUCACCGAACAAAAACAUCAAUAAAAUUAUUGGAUUCAUUCAUGAAGUCAUGCUACUAUACACUAAUGAUGGUGUAAAAUUGUUAAGAAGAAAUUUGGACAAAUUAUUAAUGUUUCUCAGUGAUGAUUUCAACAUUAAUUUUUGUCCAGAAGAAGCAUAAGCACUGAUUACAUUCUUAGAUGAAAAAUUCAAUUAUAAAUUAAAUACUGAUAAGAAAAAAUCCAGUACCAGGUCGUACACUACAAUCGAUACAAUGUUUGGACGCUAUUUAGACAAUUUACAGUCGAAAAUAUUUAUAUCUUAUUUUAGUUAUUAUAAACCAAUAAUUUCAUUUUUAAAGUAUGAAUUGAUGGAGAUUGAUGUGAAUAAAGAUUAAAAUAUUUAAUUUAA